UUUGAAGUUCUCCCUGGAUUCAUAUCUGGAACAAGUGUUUGUGAAGCCAAAACCAAAUCUGUCAAUAGCAGAAAAAUCACUCUGGUUGAUACACCUGGGUUCUUUGACACAAACAAAACUGAAGAGGAGUUAAAACCUGAGAUAGUGAGGUGUAUCACAGAGUGCUCACCUGGGCCUCAUGCUUUUCUCAUUGUGCUCAAAGUGGAGAGAUUUACAGACCAGGAGGCAGAUAUAAUCCACAGAAUGACCAAAUACUUCUCCGAAGAUGUGUACAAGUAUACAACAGUUGUUUUCACUAAUGGUGAUGAGCUCCCUGAAGGAGAGAAAAUCGAGGAUUUAGUGAGUCAAAAUAAGUAUUUGAGUGAUUUAAUAGAAAAGUGUGGAGGGCGGUGCCAAGUCAUUGAUAACAAACACUGGAACAAUGACCCAAAAGACAAAUGCAGAAGCAAUGAGUACCAGGUGGAGGAAAUACUUAAAUCAAUAGAGAAGAUAGUGGAUGCAAACAAUGGAGACUGCUACACCAACGAGAUGCUGCAAUUAACUGAGAAACUGAUUCAACAAGAAGAGAAGAUGAUUGCAGAGUCCUCAGAAAACAAGUCAGGAGAAGAAAUCAGGAAAGAAGCUAAAAAGAGAGUGAAUAAAAUUCUUAUCCAAGCAACAGGUAUAACAGUCGGUGCACUGCUGGGAGCUUUACUUGGA